AUGGCUAGGAUGACCGUCUCUCUACCCUAUGAUAUCCUCUGCCUUGUCGCGGGCUUCAUCGCCUCACGCCGAGACCUCAUUUCCUUCUGUCAGGCAUCCCGCCAAACCCGUGAUGCCGCUAUACCCCACAUCUACAACACCAUUUUUUUCGAGUCAUGGCCGGAUACUGAGUCUAGGCAAUCGACCGACCAGUACACAGUUGGAUAUCCUGUUAAAGUCCUCUUCGACUUACUCAAUGAAGAUUUACGUCGCCCCUCAGACCGUCAAGUCUGGACGGGGCUUAUUAAAUCACUUUGUCACACUAUCGUCCCAGAUACCAAGGAUAAAAUCGCCGAUAGGACCAGAAAUAUAUUUAUGAACCAGUUGGUGUAUCUGAUAGAGACACUUCCAAGGCUUCAAAGCCUUUACAUAGAUACAGCAGAUUUGCUGAUACCAGAAUGCGAGGCUGCUAUUUCUGCUUCCCAAAGUAUUAAUAGUCUCACCAUUAUACCCCAUAAAUUCAAUAGUAUAACCUGCGACUCCCGUCGUUUGGCCCAGUCCACAACUCGGUUUCUUCCACUGUGGGGCAAUAUAUCAUCACCUGUUCUCAAAUCUUUGACAAUAACGUCUCUACCUCCAUCCCAUCGCUCGAUUCUCGACCGUACCUCCGUUCUUGGAUCUGUCGAACUCUGGAACAUAAUCGCGAAUUGCCCAAGCCUCAAACAUCUUGAUAUCCGUGUUAAAAUCUCAGGCAGAGAUAGAGGAAACAACUACAUUAAAGACCUAGCUGGACGAGCAUCAAACAAUGCUGGGUUGAUCAUACAAGAUUCGGACAAUGAUGUCGCCGAAACGCCUAGAUCGUCAAACAUGCCUAUUGUAAAUCUGGAAACACUUCGGCUAGAGGAUUGUACGAUGGCAGCAUUUGAGUUGAACCGGCUAGGCCCAUCUUAUUGGAAGAAACUGCACAUUCCUUUCAACGGCCGGAAGAAAUUGUUCAAAGAAAUAGGAAACAAUGGCUUAACAUCUAAUGGAGAACGGUCGAUGAUAUUCCCACGGAACCUUAAGAGUCUGGUGGUCGAUAAUUUACCCCUCUGUUCGGACCGAAAGGAAGCAUGGCACAAAAACUUUGAGAAGGAGUUCGCGGAACUACGACUUGACGAAUUGGUAGUUAUCACUCAAAAGGCUGACUUUUGGGUUGGUGGGACACCAUCAAGGAUCGCAGGACUAUCGGCCACCCGAGAUGGACACGACUUGUCACCUAAUACAAGAAAUGAAGCCGUAAACCUCAUUUCGGGGAGUCGCCAAGGAUCAAUUGAGUAUCGACAACCAAUCUGGAGAUCUACCUAUUCUAUGCAUAAUGAUCUUGCGCCGAACUCUUCAAAUACUAUCUUAGGAAGUAUGGGAGUGAUCGAGCCAGGAAUGGGGAUUUGGUUGAAAAGGCUUCUCUUGAAAGGCAGUUGGGCAAUGACAAAGGGCUUAGUGGCGCAGUUGUUGGUGACUUGUUAUGGUUUGGAAGAGUUCGGCGUUGCUCUGCUUUGGAGAGAGUGGGAACACAAUAUCUCGAAUUUUUCAGCGUCUCUAAAGCGUUUACGGCGUUUGAAGGCUUUGAUUAUCUUGAAUGAGCCGCACAGCACUAAUAUGAACCCAGAAUGGGGAUUGCCGUUACCAACGAAAAACAAAGUUUGGGGGAGUAAACUAGAAUUAGAAGACGAUGGUUUCUUGCAGUUCGGACAGUCGCAAGAGAAGCUGAGGUAUUGGGGUGUUGGGAAAAAGAUGUGGACGGCUGUGCUGGAGGAAUCUAACGAAAAAAUCAUAUGGAGAAGGAAUAAUGGGGAAGGGAGCAGUAGAGCGGGCGGUAUACUAAGGAGGGUGUUUAGAGAGGUUGACAGGGAGUCCGUGGAUGGAGUGAAGAUCCUAGAAUGGAUCAGGUUCUGCGAUGAGGCAUGGGUUAGUGAAGGAGAUGACUCAAGAGCUCCCGUUUCGUAUAAUCUUUAA